AUGGGUGGCGAGUGGAAGAGCCUCAGGAUUGAGCACGAUUUGAGUCACGAACGAAUUAUUGAGUGGGAAAAGAUUAUAAAGCAGCACAUAAGGCAGAAUUCACUAAACUUGGAAACUGAAAAUGAGAUUGAGAGAUACUCCGACAGAUAUUUCAAAAGCCGCCUCUCUGAAGACAUGAUAAAAGAGAUAGUGGAUGGAGAGCUGAUGCCGCCGGAGAUUUCAAGAAUAUUUGGAGAAAGGAGAGAAAAGAAGAUGGAGGACAUUGGAGAGAUUGAAAGCUCGGCUGAAGAGGAGAUUACCGUGUCAGAAGAGAUUGAGAAUAGCGGCGAAAUUGAAAAUGACUAUGUGGAUAAUUUCUAUGAAGAUGAAGACGAGCUUACGGAGGAAAAGAACGAAGAGGGUUUUUUCUGA